CCCAUUUAAGUAUGUGGCUGUCCAGUUAUCGGUGCCUGUCCCACUGAUGACUCUCUUAAAGCAAGAGCAGAAAGUUCAUCUCAUUUCUGAUUCUCAAUGCCCAGAAUAGUCGAAACUGCUCACAAAAUGCUUGUGUGAAAAGCGAGAGACUGAAUGGGAAAGGAUUUCUGGGUGGCAAGGCAAUCCAGAAACAUAUGUCUCUUUGAGUUCCAAAAUCAUCCUACACCCAAACCCACGGAUGCUCCAGUCCCUUAUAUAAAAUGGUACCAAAUUUGCAUAGAACCAAUGUGCAAGCACUUGUAUUACUUAAAUCAUUCCCCCAUUACGUAUAAUACAUAAUAGAACACACAUAUCAUGUAAAUAGUUGUUAAACUGCAUGGUUUAGGGGAAGAUAGUGAGGAAAAAUGGUUAUACAUGUAUGCUCAAGAAAAAGCAAUUGUCUAUUUUCAAUAAAAUACUAUUCAGUGUUGGUUGAAUCUGGGAUGAGGAUGAAGGGCAGACCAUACCAUGCACUAGGCACCAUGUGAAACAGUUUACAUAGAAUCCAGUGGAGCUAUGUUAGAACAGUCUCUUUGAUUAUAUAAACAAUAGCAGCAGGCUGGUAUGUCUCUUUCUUCCAGACAGAAUUUCUCUGUGCUCUAGACAUGUUUGCCUGUGUACUGUUGACGUUAGUUCACAGCUCCAAAAUGACAUGUGCUCUUUGGCCAGGGUGACUAUGACUGAAUCCGAUCCUACCCUCACCUCACCCCCAUCUUCCACUGCAGAAGUGGCUGCAGGUGGAUUGGCUGAAGGGCCUUGUAAAAGCCAUACUGUGUCUUGGUUAACCUCCCCACCUGCUGACCUGGUACUUCAUUCCCACCAAGUGUUUCUAAAAUGAGCUGAGCACUUUUGAUAAUUAUAUCCACAGUUUAGGACACGAGCAGGCUUUAGGGAAAUGUGGCUUUUAAAUUUUUUCCGAGGUUGAUUUGCAUUAAAAUUGGAUACUUAAGCUCCAAUUUACAUAACACAGGAUACAUGUAAUAUAUAUCUACUUACUCAGAGCCUGAGCCACAUCUCACUUUUAGCUUUUGGUCUCUAGAGGGAAAAAAGGAAUCUGUUGCCAGUAACAAGUGUGUGCGAGGCAGGGUGGGGAUGGGGUGCCUACUUCCCAAACCAGGAAGCUUUGGCACACACACAGAGGGAGAAUACAGGAGUCCUGAAUUUAGAAUGGGGGAUUUCCAAAGCACAGCAGGCACAAAGGACAGUGCAGAAAAAAGAAAUGAGGUAGAGCCCAAAAGAGCCUUGCUACCACCCACCAUGCUCAGAAUGGAGUCUGGGAUGCCAAGCUAUUCCAGGCUCAGGAGACAUGUAUGGUUCAGGAAGAACUCAGGCUUUAAGAUCAGAUAGGAGUAAGUUUGAAGCCCAUAGUUACCACCUAGCACCCUUGGGAAAGUUACCUCUCCUCACUGAGCCCAUUUCUAGGUCUUGAAGGUAGAAGCAGUGGUUUCUUAAGUAAGAUGAGCAGUUCCCUACCCCACCCCCAAAAGAUAGCCACACCCAAAUACCUGGAGCCUGUUUGGAUGUGACCUUAUGUGACACAAGGUUUUUAAGCAGUGUGAUGAGGUCACCAAUCAAUGGGUUGGAGAAUGUUGCAAAUGGGCCCAAUCUAAUAUCAUAGAAUCUCUAAAAUCAGAGAGCUUUCUUAGGCACGUGGCAGCAGAGAGUUGGCAUAAGCCAGGUGCCGUGCUCCAAAGGGACAUUAGCAGCUGUUAGCUUAAAGAUGGAAGAAACAGCAAAAUAGUAGCUGAAAGAAAUUCUGGGCCAUCAGCCAGCAAGGAGAAGGGAACCCAAGUCCUGAAGCCUUGAGUAACUUUCUAAAAUCAGUUAAGUAAGCUUCAUAGCAAGUUUUCCUUCAGAGCCUCCAUGAAGGGACAUGGGUCUUGCUGACACCUUGACUUCAGCCAUGGAAGACACUGAGUAGAGGACCCUCCCAAGUCCUCUAAGUUCGAGGAGAAUCGUUAAAGCAACAUAAGAAACAACAUAAGAGUCUCAUCACAUCCACAUGUCAUGAGACUGCGUGAAAAUAGCCGAGUGUCUGCUCCACUAGAGUUGGCUGCCUUCCCUUCAGGAUCCUUCAUGGCCAAUGUCUCAUAAAGAAGGAUAGUCUGACCUGCUGAGAUACCUCAGUGCCCCUGCCUUUGCUUUUAGCCCAGGGUUGGGGAAGUGGCCUCAAUAAGGGCACUCACAUUUGAGGAAACAUCAUCUUUCCCCAAAUAUGUAAUGAUACAUGACACCCUCUUGGCUGCUCUGUUAGAGCCCAGUGCCCUGUGUGAUUCUCCAGGCCCAGAUGUGAUCCCACAGGCCACCUUUUGUUGCUGCUCCUAAAUGUCCCACAUGCUAUCAAAGAGAGACAACAGUUGCUUAUUUGCCAUCAGAGUUUGGAACGUUGAAGGAUGUUCAUAGUCACAGGGCCAUGGGUGAUCACCGUGGACUUGUGGUUAAUAGUUGUCCAAAAGUAGAGGGCUGGGAAUAGCAUCUGUUGUCCCAGAUGUGAGGUGGAAUGCAUUUGGCUCACAGAUCCAAAGCUAUCUUUUAUAGCCCAAUAAGAUGAUCUCCAGUCGAAUCAGAGCGUUCGUUAAAAAACAGUGGAAUUGUCUUAGUUGAUGUUGAGCUGCUAUAGCAGGAUACCACACUGGGUGGGCCAAAGGGAAAUAUGGAAUAGAGAGUGGGAAGUCCAAGAUUGGGUAGGGUUUGCUUGCUCCAUCAUCCUUUGGCAAAAUGUACAAGCUGGAGAGCUCAACAGAGGGCAAAUUCUUCAUCCCUUUAUAGCGACAGGUUUCCAUAAUAACAACUCACUCCCUAGAUAACAGCACUGGUCCUUGCACCAGAGCCAAUCCCUCAUGACCUUUUGGAGGUCUUGUGUUUUUAACAGUUUUGCUUUGAAGAUUAAUUCUACAGCCGGUGAACUGGGGAGGAAUACGUACUGGCCUUAGUACACACAGAACUUGCUUCUUGACCCAGUAAGAGCCAGGAAAUUAAAGAUUACUGAAUUACCUGACACAUAGGUAAGGGCAGAUUUAUGCAUGCCAACAGACUGUGAAUGUCUCUUUCUGCGCACUACUGUCUGCUGCUCUAUUUCCUUUGUCCUCACCAGGUUUAAGCUCCUCAAGAGGUAAAUAGAUGAUGUGAUCACAUAUAUCAAUGUGAUCACAUACACAAUUGUAACACUCUAGGAUACUCCAUUUAAAACAUGAUCCAUGGGACCAGCAAGAUGACCCAGUGUGUAAAACACUUGUCCCCAAAGCCUGAUGACUGGAGUGCAAGUCCCAGUUCAAGCUCCUUCCACCUGGUGGAAGGAAAGAACCAACUCCCACAAGUUGUCGUCUGAUGGGCACCCAGAUUCAAUGGCAUGUGUGCACAUGUGUACACCACCCCUCUCACAUCCCUCUACUUCCUUCUAUACUCCCAACAUACACUGAAUAAAUAAAUGAAUGAAAAAUAAACAGAGCUCAUUGCACACAGCUGUUCUUAUGUGAACUGGUACCCUUUACCCUCGUUAGAAUUCAGGCUAUGAAAUGAAGCCAGAACCUUGACCAGGGAUGGUGUGCUUCCUGGAAAAAGAGCUGCUCUCUGGACCCUGAAUUCCUACCCACCACUUAUGUGCUCAUCAGAUGGGUGUUGAUUCUGGUAAGAGGUGAGGGUCCUCAGAGGCAGUAAAAAUAGCUGAUGUGCUAAUGAGUACAUGGUAGACAAGGGAAGAAAAUGCAGGGCGUGAGGGCAAUCUUCUCUCAAAUAUUAAUCUGAAGUUAGAAAUAUAAGGUUCCAUCACAGUGCCCCAGUGAGGAUAGAGUAAUUACACAUCUCCCUGCCUGAGAUGUGGAGUAUGUGUGACAUUUAUCACCAGGGAGAUGAUGCAGGCACUGACUAAGCGAGAACCCCAGAAGACUCUAUAGAAAGACUUUGCCUCCUUCCAACCUCACUGAAGAGAUGGUGGCACCACAUCAGUGCAAACAUGGAGAGCAAGGCUCUAAGAAUGCCUGGCUUCCCACUGCAGCAUCCGUGGUUCUCGUGGCACUUGUCCAGGCCCUCUUUGAGAAGCUCAGGUUCAGCAGACUUUCUCAAUGGCUUUCACAAAACUGCUAACCAAGCAUGCCCAGUGUGUGAGCAUGAGAGAUUGCUCAUCCUCCUCAAGUCACAAUGCAGAUAAGGGCAGGCUGGUUGUAGAUCCUAGGUUUUAAGUAUUCUGCAGAGUAGUGCUUAGAAAUCAUUACACUAACCUCAAAACUCCUCAUACCACCAAGAGGACCUCUUGACUCAAGUGACAACACGGGGACCCAUAGCAGAUCCAAAACUCCUGUUACAACAAUCUGGGCUUGAGAGCUGAGAAACCUAACUCAUGCCAGGCCAAGGACUCCUGUAAAUGGAACAGCUGGUCUGAAGGAUCGAAUGUGUGAGUUGAUGAGGCAGAAACUGAAUGGUUGCUUCUUGUCCUACUUGUGGGUAUUUUGAAGACAGUACCUGUGUCUUAGGGUGCAAUAGUGGUGCUCAGUCCUGGGGAAGAGGGGUUUCAGGACAACAACUUUGAGGUUGAAGUUGGGAGAAGUACAUCAGUUCCUGAUAUCUUGCUGUUGGUUGCCCUAGCAUAGCUGCACUAGAAAACAAGACAUCAAUAAGCAGCAAGCAGGACUGUUAGAAAGAUCGACAGGAAACUCCCUGACCUAUAAGUACAGGAGGAUGUUAUUGUCUCCCUGGCUAAGGCCUAAAGAAUUGUGAUAGUUUGAAUUUGGGCUCUAACACAACACAAGAGAAACUGAAAUGGUGGAAGAUAGGCUUAGAGGAGGAAAGAAGGUGGGACUAUGGGAUGAUGCCAAGAGAUGUAGAAGAGGUAGCAUGGUGGGUCACAUGUCUCUCUAAAGUGUCAGGUCUCUGAAGUUGAACACUAUCUGGUAGUGAUGGGGAUGCUGGUACAGAGGAAAGUUCUCAAUGUCAUCAAGAGGACCCUGAAAUCAGACAAUGGAACAGCUGAUAUUGGAUAAAGAUAGUCAAUGACAGCAUCACAGAGGAAAUGAGAAUGGGACAAAGGGUCAGGUGAUGGCACUGUUUUAGUCAGGGGACUGAACAUGGCUGGUGGAGGGCAAGGGUCAGUGGACUCAGAAAAGAAAGACUGGUUGGAGGGUCUUCAGGGAAAGAGGUAGCUUAUAGAGUGGGGAGUGUGGGAUUGAGGUUGCAAGAAUUUGCUUUUCAAAUGAGGAGGGACAUAUGUCUCAUUUGAAUACAUGGAAAAGAAGACACAGUAGCUAAAGCGUAUGCAUUUGCUUAGGGAAAAGCUGGCACAAAGUGUGUAGCUUAUAUCUAGUAAGCCAGGCCGUCAUCUCAUGUGCUGUGGGUUUAUAGAGGUUUCCUUUUCAGGAAGUGGAGCAGACCCUUCUUGGGUUCCCCAGAGAAGAGUUGACGAGAUCACACACAAGGAAAGAAGUCCUAUUCGCACAUGGAACUAACAGGAUUCUACAUCUGACCCCUGAGAUUGUUCAUUGUAGUGUCUGAUCAAGAUGUAGAUGACAGACAGUUGGCUGAGCCACAUCUUGCUUAGUGACUCACAAACACCAAGCUCAGACAGAAACCUAGCCACAAAUGCCAGUUCUCUAUAUGUGGGACAUCCGAGGAGACAGGAAAUCUCAGAAAUCUCUUUCCGAGUGUGGAUGUGUGGAGGUGGCCUGGAGAUCAUCCCUUGCAGCCGGGUGGGACAUGUCUUCAGAAAAAAGCAUCCUUAUGUUUUCCCCGAUGGGAACGCCAACACAUAUAUAAAGAACACCAAGAGGACAGCUGAAGUAUGGAUGGAUGAAUACAAGCAGUACUACUAUGCAGCUCGGCCUUUUGCCCUGGAGAGACCCUUUGGAAACAUUGAGAACAGGCUGAACCUGAGGAAGAAUCUUCACUGCCAGACCUUCAAGUGGUACCUAGAGAAUGUCUACCCAGAACUCAGGGUCCCCCCAGACUCCUCCAUCCAGAAGGGCAAUAUCCGGCAGCGGCAGAAGUGCCUUGAGUCUCAAAAGCAGAAAAAACAGGAGAUUCUCAGGCUAAGUCCCUGUGCCAAGGUCAAAGGAGAUGGAGCAAAGUCUCAGGUGUGGGCCUUCACAUACACCCAGCAGAUCAUCCAAGAAGAGCUGUGCCUGUCCGUGGUCACCCUGUUUCCUGGUGCCCCCGUGGUUCUUGCUCUAUGCAAGAAUGGGGAUGAAAGGCAGCUAUGGACCAAGACUGGUGCCCGAAUUGAGCACAUAGCAUCUCACCUCUGCCUGGAUACAGACAUGUUUGGUGACAGCACCGAGGAUGGCAAGGAGGUCGUUGUCAACCCUUGUGAGUCGUCGCUCAUGAGCCAGCACUGGGACAUUGUGAGCUCAUGAGGACCCUGGGUGCAUUCAACUGUGGACCAGGAAUGAUGCUUCCCUGGACCAAACCAAACUGGAACCCAGGUUGUGAACAGCUCAUGACUGCACCCGAUGUCCUCGACUGGAGGUAGAGCAAAGGCUCCCAGGACAGGAGCAACAGUCUCAGGGAAGAUGGAGGAAAAGGUCACAAACCAGCAGGGCUCAGUGACACCCUCAUGUGUGCAAUAUUAUGAAGGUCCAGUCCUGGCCAGGUUUUCUGAUUGGGACCUGGAGAUGGAGAUCCGAUGGGAAGUGUUUGUUGUACCCUUUCUUACAAAACAAGACACCUUAUGGAGGCUUGUCUUGAAAGCUGUCCUUGUCACUGUGCCAGGACGACAUGGAGAGAUGCACAAUAGAGAUGGUUUACAGAACAAAUAAAGCUAACUUUGGGAAUUGUCUUCGAUAACUCAUGCUGCUUCUUCAGCUAGCUGGGCACCUCAUCUGAGCUCCCCUCUGAAUGUGGGUGGGGCGUCUUGUGGUAGAAUGAAUGAAGAAGACAGGAAGAUGGAAACCUUGUGUCCUUGUCCUGGGUUACCACCUACAAGCUAUGUGAUCUUUAGAAUGAUACUUUAGGGAGCUGGCAAGAUGGCUCAGUGGGUAAGGGUGCUUGCCAUUAACCCUGAUGACCUGUGAUCUCUCAGGUCGAUGUGGUGGAGGGAGAGAACUGACUCUUACAACUUGUCCUCUGACCUGCACAUACACACACACACACACACACACACACACACACAGAGAGAGAGAGAGAGAGAGAGAGAGAGAGAGAGAGAGAGAGAGAGGCAUGUAGGCCCACACUCAUAAUGCCACACUCAAAACAAGUAAAUAAAUGUCCUAAUUUUAAGACACUUCAGAGCUGGGAAGAUGUACAUAUUUUGCAAAGUGCUUGGCUUGCAAACUUCAGUUUCAACCUCAAAACCUAUGUUUAAAAAAAAAAAAAAAAGAAAA